UGUAUGAGGGUGGGGAGAUGCAACGGUCUCGUCUAGUCAUUUUAGAUAUUCUGACAAAAAUUUCUGCACACACCGAAAUUUUUUUAUAAUGACGUAAGCGCCUAUGCUGGGGUUAAUCGUAUUCUGUGCAUGGUAGUGUGACUUUUAACCUAAUACUCGGUAAUUUGUGACAUUAUUGUUUAUAUGUAUAAUAUGGCAUACAUAUACACCUGGUAGUUUAGUGAAAAAUAUCAAGUUUAUAUAGGAAAAUAAAGAAGAAAUAUGUCUGCUGCAAUUAGACUGUCGAAAGGCACUAUUGUGUCGGCUGCUAAUAAACAUAACGCCACUGUGAUAUUCUUCCAUGGCUCUGGUGAUACAGGAGAGAAUGUAAGGCAAUGGGUAGAUCUUUUGAAUAAACGAGAACUUAACUUUCCACAUAUCAAACUCAUGUAUCCAACAGCACCUUCUCAACCAUAUACACCCAAUGGAGGAGAGAUAAGUACCGUGUGGUUCGAUCGCAAAGCCAUAAAUAUUAAUGUUCCUGAAGUGAGGGAGUCUAUCGAUUCAAUAUGCAAACUGGCUUCGGAGUUAAUAGAUCAAGAAGUAGCUAACGGCAUACCCUAUAACAGAAUAGUUGUGGGUGGUUUUUCUAUGGGAGGUGCUCUUGCUUUGCACUUGGCAUACAGAUUUAAAACAUCUCUUGCUGGAUGUUUUGCCAUGUCUUCCUUUUUAAAUAAAAAUUCUUUAGUUUAUGAGGCUUUGAAAAAUAACAAUAGCACAAGCGCCCCACCAUUAAUUCAAUUUCACGGUCUUAGGGACGAGUUGGUACCUCCUGCGUGGGGUACAGAAACAUAUAAAACCCUUACAGACCUUGACGUCAAAGCAGAAUUUGUAACACUGCCAAAUGCCUUUCAUGAAUUGACAAGAACUGAAAUUCAAAGGCUAAAAGAAUGGAUCCUUAACGUAUUGCCAGAAAAAGAAUAGUCAACGUUUAGUCAGAUUCAUAUUGUUUUAAAUUAUAUUUUUGAGUGAAAAGUAGUCGCACGAUACAUAGGGUUUGUUACGAAGGAAUAAAUUUAUUUAAUAAUCGUAACUAGUUCAUCAUAUUGGCAAUUAUGAACUAAAAACAGCAUCUGAUUCUAAUAAGAUAGGGAAAAGGAUCAAGUUAAACACAUUGAACAUAACAUGUUACAAUACGUGAUCAUAUGGGACCCUUAUUACUACGUUCGCUAACCAUCACGCGCUGGCACGUGAUGAAGUUCUUUGCAAGUUCUGAUCACGUAUCAGUACGUGAUGAAUCUAAGUUCAAUUAAAGUGAGUUAGCCAUUCCGAUUUCCAGAAGUGAUGUGUCGUUUCAAAUGUUCAGCAAACGUCUUAAUUGAAAUUAAAGCUCGCACGGACUAGUUAAAUAUUUAUAAGAUCACUACAAAAAUAUCUAAAAUGUAUUUUGAUCAAUAUAUUAUUCAUAUAAACCACCUGUAGAUAACCUUUUUGCACAAUGAAAUAUAAUAUCAAUUAAACACAGGUUUCCAAACCACACAACGAUUGGAUGGAAAACUUUGAGAUAAAUAAAUAAAAAUAUUACAAAAUGA